CAAAAGAGACAAAAGGAGGCCAAACAAGCUACUAAUGAUGGACCCCUGGUAAAUGGCACAUAUGAGAGGAAGCCACCCCCUUCAGCAACUACUGCUACACGUGGACUCAAGAGAUCUGUGGAAGAAAAGGCUGCUAAGGAUGCCGCUCGACGUAGCCCUGGGAGUGCCACAGUUGGUGCCUCUUAUGCUGUAGCUAGUCCAUGUCCUCAGAGGGGGCUGAAGCGGUCCGAGGAAGAAAAAGAAGCCAAAAAAGCUGCACGGGGAAAUAAUUCUGGGGCAACAAAUCAAGCUGCACUUCAGCUAGCAGUGCUGCCAUGGCCAUGGUCAAUCACAUGGGGUCAAAGGGAACUGCAGCAGCAUCUGCUAUGCAGCCUGGAGUGCAGUUUGUACCAGCAAGUGACACCAUUAGUAGCACUUCUGAUGAACGUUCCUUUACGACCAUGCGUGGCCUUGCCAAGAACCGAAAACCCGAUGUCUCAGGGCAAGCGCCAGCAAUGGUUAGUAGCACUUCUGAUGAACGUUCCUCUAGGACCAUGCGCGGCCUCGCCAAGAACCGAAAACCAACUGUCUCAGUGCAAGUGCCAGCAACGGUCACAGAGAAUGAACCUGGCAGCACACAGGCACUUCAGUCUGAAAUAUCCUCUAUUGGUCUCGAUGGGGACGGACUUGGAACUGCUAUACAAAAACAAAAGGAUAGCGAACCUGAGGCGACUGCUCCCAUCCCCCACCCCCUUCAGCCGUUGAAAAUUGUGGAUAAUGGUGAAGAUGCAGCCAAAAUGCCCUGUGCGAGUCCUGUUGACGAGAAUCCGACAUGGCAGCAUGCUGUCCCUGUGGAACAGCCCAAGGCAACAGAAGGUUUUGGUGGCAAAUUGCCGCUCAUUUAUAUUAUUGUUGGCUUGCUGUUGGUGUUUGGAAUCAUUGUGGCAGGAGUCUGUGGCAGCGGCCACUGCAACAGUAAGGACUCCUCUCCAGAGGAACAAGAACUCAGUCCCAGAGAUAUGGAAGGUGUGGACAUCAAAGCCCAGCUGGAAAAAGUGCUAGGUCCCACUUACUUUGAUGAUUCCACAGACAACACAGAACCUCAUCAAAAAGCACUCAACUGGAUCAUCCAUCAAGAUCCCCGCCAAUUGCCUCCGGAUUCCAACCAUCUACUCCAACGAUUCAUUUUGACACAGUUUUACUACAGUACAUCACAAGCCGGCCCUUGGAAAUUCUGCGGCGCUGCCUCUGGUUCUCAAACAGACGAUUGCUACUCCCAAGUUCUGAAUCAGGAAUUAAUUUCCGAGCGAUGGUUGUCGGGGGUUUCCGAAUGCUGGUGGGCUGGAUGCAGUUGUUCUGGAGAUACAGAAAAUAUUACUAAAAUUAUUGUCUGGGACAGCAAUAGUUUCACUGGAUCACUUCCAAGUGAGCUGGGGUUAUUGUCACAUGCAACCUACUUGUCUUUACGAGCACAAAACUUUACUGGCACAAUCCCUCCAUCUAUUUACAGAAUGACAGCUCUUACCAGUUUGGAGCUUUCAAAUAGCAAUUUCACAGGAACCAUUAAUCCUGCAGUCUUCUCCAUGCCAUCAUUGUCUACGAUCCAUUUUCAGGACAACCAAAUGACAGGCACCAUCCCGACUGAAGUUGGGCUAUUUCAAGGAGAGGACCUUGUCAUGGAUAGAAAUUUUAUUACAGGAACGAUUCCUUCCGAAUUAUUUUCCAUUAAAAAAGUGAGGAAUAUUUGGUUUGGGGAUAAUAGGCUCUCUGGAACCAUUCCCACAGAAGUUGGGCUUUUAGCGCAGCAAGUCGACACAGAGUUGGGCAAUCAACUUGAUAGUGGUCUUGAUUUCGAUUUUGUCCGUAAUUAUGCAUUGUCUGGUACAAUUCCAUCAGAGUUUGGGUUGGUGGACCAGCUAUCUGGAUUCAUUAUUGAAGAUACGAGCAUUGAAGGCACCAUCCCAUCAGAGUUUGGGCUGGUGGACAAGCUACGUUACUUCAUUGUUGGAGAUACGAGCAUUGAAGGCACCAUUCCUGAAGAGCUAGUCUUGAAUUGCCUCCAUUUGAGGUUCCUCGUUGUUGAAAGCUGCAACUUAGGUGGUACAUUGAGCACCAACUUGGGAUCACUCACAAACCUCAGAUCUUUCAUGUUGGCUAACAACAACUUUUCAGGUAGCAUCCCCGUGGAGCUUGAAGCUCUGACAAUGUUGGAAGCCUUUACAAUCAAUGGAAAUCCUGAACUGAGAGGGUUUGUUCCUGACGACAUGUGCUUUGAAAAUUUUUUGGAUCGAACGCGUGAGUUUGUAGCCGACUGUGCACCUACCACAAUCACAGCAAGUGAUGGUGCAACCAGCAUGGGAGAACCACUUGUGUCUUGUCUUGAAGGAUGUUGCAGUGCAUGCUGUGAUGGGGGGACCGGAAUCUGCAUUGAAGAGUAG